AUGGACUUCUCCGACGUUCUGGGGCAGUCGCUGGCUCAGUGGUCGCCCAAUGCGAGGUACGUUGCGGCAGCCGACAAGAACCGGGUGCAAGUACGUGAGCCCGACUCAUUGAAACUCGUCCAAGCUUACAUCUGCAUCGACAAGGUGGAGAGGAUCGAGUGGUCGCCAGACUCGCAGUUUCUGCUGACAGAGGUGGCCAGACAAGGUCUUCUUCAGAUCUGGAGUCUCAGGGACAGCGAAUGGACCUGCCGCAUCUACGAGGGCCUUGCAGGCAUUGCCCACGCCCGUUGGGGCCCCGGCUCAGACCGGGUGCUCGUGGCUGUAGACUUCCAGCUCUACUUGUCGAUUUGGCCACUGCAAGAGGGAGCCAGUGCCAUUCAGAUUCGCUACCCGAAGUUCCCGCGACGCGGCUUCGCCUUUAGCCGCGAUGCCUGCUGGUUCGCUGUCCUUCGGCGGAAAGACUGCAAGGCCUCCGCGGAACCAUGGUGUUCAGAGUGGUUGAGGGCUUGA